AAUGUUUCUGUCCAGGAGGCUUUGUUUUUGCAGGGGGGUCAUGCUCUGCCCCUCGCUGGUUGGCUCUGUGGUGUGGCUGAGUCCUGCUGUGCAUCUCGUGCUGGAUUUGGUUUAGAGUGCCAAAACACUUAAGAACAUGCUGUUAAGAAUGACAUGGACCUUGGCAGCAAAUGCAGACAAAGGAAGAAAAAAAAAACUGAGCAGCAAACUUUCCAAGUGGCUCUGACGGUGUGUUUGUAUGUAAGACUUAACUUGGUGUAUUACAGCGCAAGCCCGGCACGGUGUUGCUGUAGAAAGGGGUGGCACACAGCUUUGCCUUGUCAGGACUCAAAACUCAAUGGGGCAUCACUGAGAAGUGAUGCUGCCUGGCAGACGUGCAUGAUGCCAGGACAGGUAGCUGAGGCUGAAUCCAGGAGCACUUUCCCAUAAGCAGGUGGAUUUCUGUGAGCAUUUGCAGACUCUGUGAAUGUGGCAGAGCUCACCCCACUGCCCCAUGGCCUGCUGCGCAGAAAUGCAUACCCAGUCACAGGCAAUCCUCUUACAGAGCAGUCCAGAUGGUCGGGUUUCUAGGUGUUUCCCAGCAGCCAAUGACUCUACUUAACACAGGCUAAUUUUUUUAGUCUUUAUGGCCUUGGUUCCAAAUACAGAUAGAUACAAGAGCCCUGAUGUAUGCUACCCUAUAGCUGAGGACAUCCCCUUUUCAUGCCCAUCUGAUUUAAUAAGUUGUUACAGAUACGUGAUGCCCUCUGUGGAUUUCUGCCUCGCCUUCCACUCAGCACAGUGCAGCUCAGACAUGUAUGUCCUGCUGUUGCUGGGUGGGGUUUAGCACAGACAGAGGGAAGGAAGCUGGAAGUCGCUGGCUUCAGGGAUUAUUAUGGCCUGAAAAGGUUCUGUUUAUGGCCCCUAGUGAGGUGGCUAAAGUUCGCAUGCAGACUCAGAGGAACCCACACCCUUCCAUCGCAUCUCCCCAGCCUGUUUCCAGGCCAAAGUAUCGAGGGUCUCUGCACUGUCUGAAGGUGAUUGCCAAGCAGGAAGGUUUUGGGGGUCUGUACAAGGGCUGCUCUGCAUUACUCUGCAGGGAUUGCUUUUCUUCUGCAAUAUAUUUCCUCACCUAUUCGGCUCUGUGUGACUGGCUCACACCAGCUGGGAAAAAUAAACCAGAUUUCCUCGUUGUGCUGCUUUCUGGUGGUUUUGCUGGAGUCCUGGCCUGGGGAUUUGCUACUCCCAUGGAUGUCAUCAAAUCACGGAUGCAAACAGAUGAAUCGGACCAGCACAAGUACAAAGGCCUUGUCCACUGUGUUAGGGAAAGUGUGAGAAAGGAGGGUGCAAAAGUGCUCUUCAAAGGACUGGGUUUAAACUGCAUUCGUGCCUUUCCUGUGAACAUGGUGGUGUUUGUAACGUAUGAAGCUGUACUGAGAUGUACAGAUUAUUAUACAAACAAAUAGCUUGUUCCACUCUG